CCUCGAAAGAGGCUGCCACACAAAUAGGCACUAGUACUAAAAGAAUUGGUUUAUUUACAUGGAAUGUUUGCGGCACGUCACGAAAGCUUCCUGUUGAAUUUCCCUUCAUUUCCUGCCGAAAGAGAUUAUUAUUUUCAUUCAGUGAACCAUGAUUACCGGCAGACACACACAGAAAAUGGCUCGGUAAGACACGUUCGCAUUGCCAGUAUAUUUGCUUUCGGCCCGCUGUUUACUUCUAUAUAUAUGUAUGUGUCAUUAACGCAUCAUUUGUAGAACAGAACUCAAGGUUGUAGACUUGGUGUUUGGCGAAUCCCACCCAACACCUGACCAUAUCCUUGAAGCAGUUCACGGCCUUCUCACGCCAUAUGCCUUGUGUAACUGAAUCGACAUCGCCAUGGCCAUCAUCGUAGUCGUCUCGUAUAUUUGCAUACUUCCAGCGAACGGCAAAAUGAUUACCAUUAUUAUUUUUGUUGUUUGCUGUGGCCAUAAACGUCGGCAUUAUGGUUAUUACACUACCAGCGGCCCUUUACAUUGCCGACGAACUGUACCCGAGUCCAAGCGCAAUCCAACAGCGAGCAUGCUAGAUGGAAAUGGCCGCCAACAGUCAUGCGGUUAUAGCUUAUUUGUGUAAAUGAGCUGCAGCCUGUUUAUUGUCAUAUUCCGCAGCUGCGAAGAAAAUGCAAAUGAUGGUCUUUAGCCAAAAAUUCUGCACAGCAACAAGGUCAUGCAAGACGCUUGCGCAGACAAGGUCGUGGCUGACCCUUUGAGAGUGUCCAGAAUGGCCGUCUAACACAAGAUUCGGUAAAUAGCCUUUCAAUUUGUGCAAAAGCAGUUAAAAUCAUUAUCACGCGUUCAGGUAACGCAUUACCAGAAAGUCAAAUAAAAUCUCAACCAUUGCUUGUUUCAGAAAAACAAUGUAUAUAAAUACCUUCCAGAACGUAAAACGUCAUAGUUUGUCGUCAUAGUUGUCAUUGUUGGUCGCCGUGGCCAAUGCCACUCGCAUAUAUUCCACGGCAGGUAAUGCUGCCGACGCUUUGCAUAGGUCAAUUGGGCGAGAGUAAUGCUUCUCAUUUAGCGGUCAUUACCAUAUCAAGCGUUGGACAGAGGUAUAUGGUGGUCGCAAACUUCAACACGUGGCCAUGUUAGUGUUUAUUGCUCAGAUGAAUACUGACUUUCGAAGUGUGCAAACGCUGACGCCUAUUUUGAAAAUUCGAACAGGAACGAACGAAAGGAAAGCCAGAAUCCUGUGACAGUGUGGGAGUUGAAAUGGCGCCUAACGUUGUAGCUUAUCUAUUUUAUAUGCUGCGAGAUCUGUACGAACUGCACAAAGAUCCACGCGUAGCACAUUUACCGCUCACUGGCAAUUUGUGGAGUGUGGCUUUCGUUAUCGUCGUUUAUUUGGCAUUUGUACUAUAUUUUGGGCCCAAAUGGAUGGAAAAGCGGCGACCCUUUGAGCUGAAACUUGUGAUGCAGCUAUACAACGUUAUUCAGGUUGUGGCAAAUUCAAUCAUAUUUGUCUACGGGAUUACCUACACCUUAUUCCAACCUGAGUUCAGCUUUAUCUGCCAGCCUGUCGAACAUCUCAAUAGAACGCCGCAAAUGAUGCACUUGCUGUAUGCCUCUUAUGGCUACUAUAUUCUCAAAUAUCUAGAUCUCCUAGAUACUGUCUUCAUAGUAUUGCGCAAGAAGAACUCCCAGGUGAGCUUUCUACAUGUAUAUCACCACGCUGGCAUGGUCUUCGGUGUUUCGAUCUUUAUGACCUUCUUAGCGGGCUCUCAUUGCACUAUGCUUGGCUUGAUCAACCUCCUGGUGCACUCUGUAAUGUACGCCUACUACUUUGCCACCUCACUGGGGGCAUUGAAACAGAUGCUAUGGUGGAAGCGGCAUAUCACGCAGCUGCAGCUGGUUCAGUUCGGCUACUUAUCACUGCACUUUUUACUUGUGAUCGUUCGCAAUCCUUGUCAAUUUCCUGUCUUCAUCGCGUUUAUCGGCUUUAUUCAGAACGUCUUCAUGUUUGCACUAUUCUUCGACUUCUAUUACAAAACCUACGUACGCAAAGCUCGCAAGCAACGGCUACAAGAAACGCCAACGGACGGAGUAACUGGGGCAAAUAUAAAAGCGAAACUAAGUUGAGUUACACAACAAGAAGUAGAAGCUUAUGAUUUAAGUUCUUUGUGUAUGUAAAUUGUGAAAUAUGAAUAAACAUUUCGACUGACCUUGCCAAACACUAA